AUGCUAGAUGCGAAAACCUACGACCAUGUACAUAUCGGGGCAAUCGAUAAAUCCAGCCGGGUAUACCUCUCGAAAGGCGAACAUGAUCGGGGCCACCCUCCUAAUGAGAUAUUCCAACUUCUCCUUCCACCUACUAUCCCAGGAUUCGGCUUUCACGACAAGAAAUGGAUAUCAGUGUCGGUAGAGGAUAUUCGGGAAAUACAAUGGAAUGAGGAAGCGUUCAAUCAUCUGGUACUGAAGAGUACCAAAAAGGAAUUGAUCAAAGCACUUGUAGCCAAGCACACAGCUGCCAAUGACCCAAAUGAUGUGAUAGAAGGCAAAGGAAAUGGGCUAAUUCUCCUUCUCCAUGGCGGUCCUGGUACAGGAAAAACACUUACCGCUGAAUCAGUGGCAGAGCUAACCUGCAAGCCACUGUACCGAGUCACUUGCGGGGAUAUCGGCACAAAUGCUGAGGAGGUAGAGCGGUAUCUUGAAUCGGUUCUGUACCUGGGAACGAUAUGGAAAUGUGUAGUUCUUCUAGACGAGGCUGACGUGUUUCUUGAGGAACGCACGCAGCAGGACCUCAAGCGAAAUGCUCUGGUCUCUGUGUUUCUUCGCGUGUUAGAGUAUUACUCCGGCAUCCUAGUCCUCACUUCUAAUCGAAUUGGGACCUUCGACGAAGGGUUCAAGUCUCGAGUCCAGUUAACCUUACAUUACCCAACACUCGACGAAAGCAGUCGCCGGCUCAUAUGGUUAAACUUCAUCACAAGGCUGCGUCAAAUCAAUCCGAAUGCAAAGCUAGACCAGAUUCUAGAAAAUAUUGAUGGACUUGCCGAAUUCAGGCUGAAUGGUCGCGAAAUUCGAAACAGCAUAAGGACCUCCAUGUUGCUGGCAGACUUUCGCGGAGAAUUGCUUCAGUAUAGCCACCUCCAAGAUGUCAUUGGUAUAUCAAACGAGUUCGAGCAGUAUUUGCAGGAUACCCAUGGUCACAGCGCCUCUGAGAAUGCCAAAUCGUUGGGAAUCCGCAGAGACUAG